AUGACCGCCGUUGCCUCUCAGCUGACUGGUCCAGCGCUCCAAGCCUCGAGAGCUGCGCUCUCUUCAGCCCUCUCCGAUCACCCCGGUGUGCCCUCUAACGAUGACGAGGAUGGCGAAGUUCAAGAGGUAGACAUGCAAGCUCAGGCAGACGGCCUUCGUACCGUCUUCAGCGAUCCUACCCAUUUCAAUGUCAAGCAUCCGUUGUACUCUGCCUGGACUCUGUGGUUUGAUUCACCUGCUACGAAGGGGCGUAACCUGCCCCAGACCCCCAUUUCCGCCUUCCCACAAACUCCUGCUCCUAAUACCCCUGGUGCUGCCGCUGCCCAAGGAUGGAUGGAGGACAUCAAACGAGUCAUUACCUUCGACAGUGUGGAGGAGUUCUGGGGGCUCUACAACAACAUUGUGCCACCUUCUCAACUACCGCAGAAGGCCAACUACUAUUUAUUCAAAGAAGGGAUCAUCCCGGCUUGGGAAGACGAAGCUAACAAAAAUGGUGGGAAGUGGAGCAUCCAGCUCCCCAAAGACAAGAAUAGAAGCAAUAUAGACAAGAUGUGGCUUUAUACGAUGCUGGCAGCGAUCGGAGAAACGUUUGAUCCCGAGCUCACCAAAGCUGAUCUUGCUGGGUCGCCCCCAGAACCAGUUAUUACAGGUGUAAUCGUGUCUACGCGACCCCAGUUCUACCGUGUUUCCAUUUGGACUCGUGUUGCUCCGUCGCAGGCAGAGGAUGACCCACUGCGGAAGCGGAUCGAACAAAUUGGACGACAUUUCAAACUGCAGGUGUUGGGCUAUGCUGAAGGCCAAAAGCUGGCUGCGCCUUUAGCGACGGAAGUAGAGUUCCUGUCCCACAAAGAUUCGGAGAAGAAAGGCAAGGCGAAGAAGAUUGUUGUGUAA